AUGAAUAGAUCACGAGAUUUAACAAGACUAUUCUCUACAAUAAAUUUAUUCCGCAGAGCUUAUAGUGGUAUGUUAAACAUAUAUGAAUUUUGAGACGAAUUUCGCAAUAAAAACGUUUAUUUGGGUAUUUAUAAGAAGGGAAAUUAUAAUUCAAAUGAAUUAUAACACUAGGAUAUCAAACCUCAAUAGUGUAACAACAGAAACAACGAGAAACAGUGGAAAACACUUCAAAAAUUCAAACGAAAAUUUUCUUCUCGAACAAAAUGCAAAACUCCGCCCAUCGCAAACCCGCCGCACACAUUUUCUGUUUGGUUUCCUAGGCCACGACCAUUUCGAGCAAAAAAUGCAUGCAAAAUAAACGUCAAUACUCGAAAGCGUGUGAAGCAUGAAAUAUUAUAGAGAUUCGAAAAAAGAAAUAGUAGACAAAAUGAAUAGACAUAGAAAUGCACAAAAAGUUGUCUGAGGAAGGAAAAAGGAAGCCAUUUGCUUUUUUUCUAGAGUAACAUUUUCUUCAAUAAUAUUUAAGACGUCGUUUUUUUUCAGCCAAAAAUAUGGAUCUCGAAUUCAAGACAGGACUUUUGGCUCAUAAACAACAAGUACAUCAAUUUUUAUUAGAUAAUUUUCGUGUAACCGAACCGAUUACUGUAUCAUUGGGUUCGACUGUGAAUGAUGUUGACACAUUUUUCACUGAUUUGACACUUUCUGGAAUUGAAAAUGAAAAAUCAUCAAUUCUUGUUUUUCGAAAUGGUGACAUUGUUGCAAUUGCAUUAAAUGCAAUUAAAGAAUUUGAUAUUUCAUCAAAAAACUCGGAAAUUUCAUUUGAUCCACAUCGUGAUUAUAAAGAUGGUAAGUAGAUAUCUGAAAAAUUUCAAAACUACAGUAACCAUUUGGAUUUUCUGAAUAUAAUAAUCAUAUAUUAUUUUAUUAAAACUUCAGUUUAUCAUUUUAUCUACGAUUACGUUCGAUCAUCCAGAAAAAGGAAUUUUUAAUAAAUAUUAAAGUUCAAAAAAACCAAAUUUUCCUGAAAAAAUGUAUUGAACUAUCUCUCCAAACCUCUUCUCGGCCAGUAUUGAAGGAGUCUUUCGAAAUAUCAACUGGGAAAACCACGGAAUUGAAGUCAACGGCCGUAAAAUCAAUCACCUAAGAUUCGCCGACGAUGUAAUUCUUAUCACACACCACCCAACAAUAGCCACCAAAAUGUUGAAUGAACUUGUCGCUGAAAGCGCAAAAAUUGGUCUGAAAAUCAACGAAUCUAAAACGAAAUCCAUGAAAAACUCGUUCACACAUGACGACCCAAUAACAAUCAACAACCGCCCUCUUGAAAACGUGGAAGAAUAUGUAUAUCUCGGUCGCCAGCUCAACGCAAGAAACGAAUUAUUACCCGAAAUUCACCGAAGAAGAAGAGCUGGAUGGGCAGCUUUCAAAAGCAUCGAACAAGCAGUCGACAAUAUAACCUGCCAAAAAACCAGGGCAAAACUUUUCGACCAAACUGUUCUCCCAGCAUUAUGUUAUGGUUCGGAGGCAUGGUCAUUGACGAAAAAGAACUCGGAAGCUCUAAGAGUUUCCCAUGCCGCUUUGGAAAGAAGACUCGUUGGAAUGAAAUUGAGUGAACAAAGAGAGAGAAAUCUCCAUCGGGAAGAUAUCAGAAAUAUGUCGAAAGUCGCAGAUCCGCUGAAUCACAUCCGAGAAAGGAAAUUGAAAUGGGCAGGACACAUAGCGAGAAGAAAUGAUAACCGAUGGACAACAUCAACCAUGGAAUGGUGCCCUCGUGAUUGGAAAAGACCUGUGGGACGACCGCCAAUGAGAUGGUCAGAUGAAUUGAAAAAGUCCUGUAAUAUAUAUGAUCCUGCAUCUGGAAAACUAAUUGAACACUGGACGUCACGAGCCAAAAACCGUGAAAAUUGGAGAUCUGUGGUCCGCGCAUUAUGCUGAAGAACGGACCGACUAAGUAAGUAAGUAAGUAAGUUCAAAAAAACCAAAUUUUCCUGAAAAAAUGUAUUGAACUUUGUUUCCACCCAAAUUUUUGAUUAUGUAACCCGAAACUUUUUUAUUUAUAGAAAUCGAAAAUGGACCAUAUGAUUCAAAAAAUGCGAAUUGUUUGAGUGCAUUUGUUGGAGCAAUGGAACAAGAUUUGGAUAUUUUACUGGGUCGCCCCAAAAAAAUAUUCAAGCUUGAUGUUUUGUGUGUAUCAAAAGAUAUUCAAGGGUUAGUCAUAACAAAAUAAUUUGCUGAAAUUACAGUCUUUUUUUACAGACAAGGCCUUGGUCGGAAACUUGUUGAAAAAAGUCUUGAGAUUGCUGAAAAAGAAUCAUGUGAAUAUGUUGCAACAGUCGCGACAGCGUGUGCAUCUCAAGCAGUUUUGAAAAAAUAUGGAUUGGAAACAAUUCGAGAAUUACCCUUUUCUUGUUUCAGAUGUGAUGGAGAAGUUGUUUAUAAAAACUUGCCAGAUGGCGGAGUUUCAGGAAAAUUGAUGGUUAUGAAAUUGAACAAAGAAAAUUUAGGAGUUGAAGAAGAUGAUGAUCUGCGAUAA